AAUUGGUUCCCAAUAAACUUCCGCGUUUAAGUGUUCCCAGCGCACUUAUAGGGCCAUGUUUAUAAUGAAUCGGACAACCAUACGACAGUGAUGAUAUAUUUAGAUUGAGAACUCACAAAGCUAGUCCGAGUUAUACAACAUAAAAAUGGCUUCCAUUUCAAUCAUGUACAAUGCAGAAGAUUCCGAUAAGUGGAGUCUAUACUUACACAAACUUCUAUCGAAACACGGAGGUGACAUUAACGUCAAGUUGUGUGAUCUCAAACAAAACAGGUCGAAGAUACAAAGUACGGUCGACAGUGUUACACUGGCCGCUGUGCUGGUGUCGCCGUGCAUGCUGGAACCAGACAUCGAGCACGCUUUGAAAGAACUGCAAGGACAUCAAAACGUUGUGCUUUUAGAUUGCUUCUUGGAGGAAGAUGAAAAGGAAGAGAUUUUAGAUAAAUUUACCUUCUUUCAAUCAUUGAAAUUAUUAAAACUGACGGUUGAUAAGGGCAAGAACUAUGCCCUGGUAGCGGAGCUUGUCGAGAUUGUGGAAACUCGAGAGAAAGUAUCAAGGGAAAAACGCCUUCUUAUAAAGAAGAGUUGUUCAAAGUUCUGCAUGAUUCCAAAUACGAUUUAUCAGCAACCAGCGGUUGUGUAUUUAAAUUUUGAGAAAGAAAUUCCGGGAACGGUUAACGUGUCCUGUGGGAAAUGUGCCGAGGGUCGGACACGAACUGAAAAGUACAAUCCAUACAGCGUUAUGUUUACAGCAGAAAAUUUACAGCAAGGAAAAAAUAAAGUAGGAGUAUUCGUGGAUGAUAUACAAGUAGGGCACUGUGAGCUGCACGUGCAUCCCUACAUACAGACGGCUUACGAGUGUCCAGCCUACAUGUGCCAGGUACUCGGUAUAGGUUCGAAUGACACGGAGGCUUUGGACAAGAAGCUAGUGAAUAUCUUCAGAGACAGUGCACCAGAUGACCAGUCUCACCUUCACUUAUUGGGCGAUGAACCACGUGCAGUUUCACAGUCCAAUACCGAAGUACCAACUUUACUACAUUUUGCUGCCAAGAACGGCCUCUCCUAUCUCGGAUCACACCUGCUGAACGUGCCUGGUUCCGGUAAUGUCUGCCUCAUCACCAACUCUCGCGGGAAGAAUGUGUAUGAAUUAGCAAUGGAGUCAGGAUUUGAGGAUUUCGCGAAUUAUACGAAACUUUUUCUGGAAACUGAAGCCAUGGUGUUAGCCUGUGAUAGGAUAUAUAUGAACACGAGGAGUUACCAAAAAGACGAGAUUGAUAAGCCUGAUGAUGAAUUACAAAAACAGACAGAUACCUCAGAAGAGAAUCCUCCACAGUCGAAAAGUUUUUGUUAUUCACUAGCUCGGCAGUUGAGCGGUAUUUAUUCGGUCCCGGAAGAGGUUCUGGACGAAGAACAAGUACCUGUACAAGAACAAUCUGAGAUUGAUGAUCGACCCCCACAACCCUUCCCUAGGACCAGAACUCUUGAUAACCAGAGACGCCACGACAUCAGACAUCAAAAAAGUCUAAAUGAUUUGUACCCGGUACAACAAACAUCUGGUGUCAAAAAACAACACAGUGUGGAUCUACCUCUGUCACCAGCGGUUUUUAGGGGAAGGACAUCUUCACUACAUGCGUUGGUGUGUGAGCCGGAACAGAGAAGUGGUUCACGAGCUAUGGACGAACUCAUAGAAAUAAACAAGCAGACUAUGGAAGGACACUUCACGAUGAAAAAUGCUGAGAUGUUGUUUGAAGCGUGGAAAAAACGAAACGCUCAGCCGUCAUCUUCUAUGCGUCAAAAACAACAGAAUUUGGAGAAACUCAAGGAAAAAUAUGAAAGUUUUAUCAAGAAAACUCCGGAAGAGGAAAAAUCUGCCAUUCGUGGAAUUUUGGCAAAGUUUACGAACAGAUUUUCAGGAAAAAAGAAGAAAGGGAUCACUAUUGACAUUACAAAACCAAUGAACGUGAAAGACCCGGUAGAUGGCGACAACCCAACCCGAUGGAGUAGCAUCAGUUCGUCUAGCUCAGGUUCGAGUUGUUCACGUGAAAGCCAAGUCAGUUCAACUUCUGUCGACAGCUCAAUGGGCGCCAGUAUCACCGGAAGUGACAGCGACGAACCAACGGACGAAACGACGGAUGUCCGGUUAAGAAAAAAGUCAAGUGAACAUGAGGACGAAACGACGGAUGUCCGGUUAAGAAAAAAGUCAAGUGAAUAUGAGAAACCUUCCAAGAAAGAGCAGUUUUUAAGAAGUGUCUCGAUCGCCAUAGAGUUGGACCUUCCUCCUCCAAUACCUCCAAGGGGCCCCAAACUGCCGCCAUUACCAGACAGAAAAUAUUGAUCCAUGUUACACUGUUAAAACUUAUGCUGGAAUAUUUUUACUCUAGAAUACAACAUUUGGACACUUCAGCUUUAUUUCAUAUCGUCAAAACUUGUCGACCAACCAUGCUUAUAUUUAACAGAAGAAAUGAGAAAUGUUUGUUCUUUAAUAAUCAAUCUGGCUGAUGUUAGACCUACGGGAUUUUUUUAUAUAUAUAUAUAUAUAUACUCUAACUGGUGUUUAAUGACCCUAAUCGUGUACCAAAUACAAUGAGGUUUGAAAAAAACACGAACUUUGCAUGUUGAAUACCAACGGGUA